GAAUGAUAGGCAUUCGAAAAUGGUGUAAGUUUUUAGUUUGCCAAGUUGUAUUUGUCAACACAAGAGUAAUUUUAACGGCACCAUGGAAAAAGGGAGUGACAACGGCAAGAAAUCGAAGAAUGGCGGCAAAACGAGGUAAACCAAGUGAAUUUCGAACUGACGCUUUAAAUGGGCAAGGAGUAUUAAUAUUCACGACUAGUUCCUCGUCAUAAGAAUUUUCAUUCACAGAGAUCUCGUCAACCUUAAGUCACAUCAAGCGAGAAACAUUAUUUUUACAAAAUUACCUCGUGAGGCAGCCGUUGUUAGGCGCCUGUUAUUCUUAGUUAACUUAUAGUUUACUCUUAUUUUCGAUUCAUUGGUUUGUCGUUCGAAAGAACGAAUCGAACGAAUUUUGCUACACUUCUAUCCCGAUGUUAAACAUUGGCAGAAACUUACUUGGUGUGAUCAGUUUGUGGCAAACAAUAAAAAUAAAUUCGCUCUCUAAACGUAAAGAAAUUUUGUUGUCGACUUUGGGGCAAAUUGCUUACUUGAAAGAUGAUGUCAUUUUCAGUUAUUUCUGGUCACGCACGGUCACACAGUAACACCUCACUGUCACGCAAGUCGGUUUUCCACAUUCGCGUCUCAUUAUGUUUCUAGAAGCAUUCACCCCUUCACCGCUAAUAAUUUUUAACUUUAAGGGCUUAGUCAUUAUUCAUGACCACGUGGUUGGGGCUUGGAGGGUUGGGGGGUGGGGGGAUCACAUGGCUUUCAGGGGUAGCUGACGGGGAUCAGUAGAAAAUUGACUGCUGAUUAAUUGCUAAUGGAGCGAUGACAAAAAUAUUGCAGAGCCUUACAGGGAUCAUGAAAAUUUUAUCGUGACCCCUUCCACGGCGAUAAUAAUAACCAGUUCCUUCAGGGUAACAGAUGAAUUAUUAAUGACUUAUUACUUCAAUGUAGGUUAACGUUUUGUUGUGUCAGCGACAAAGUUUAAAUUGUAUAUUCGCGCAAUGUUUUCAAAUGCCGUAUCUGUGUGACUUUUUUUUUUGCAUUUCCUCAUAAUCUCUGUGAUUGGCAAGCUCCACACCUUAUUAUGUAAAUAUUCUGGGUGAAACUAGGACAGAGAGUCAAACACUAAGGGGUGCUCCAGGUGAAGGCUCGAAGUCGAGCCCCGUCGAAGCCUGGACGUUUCCAGGCUUUAUUUUGCAAUUUCGAGAAUUAUUUUUCUAUUAUUACUUGUUACAUUAUGUUGCUUUUAAUAAGUAAUUAUUUUUAGAGGGCUGUUAGCAAAUGACGUGAGGAUAAAAACAUUUUCCAUAAUGGCUGUUCUGAACAGAAAUACAAAUGACGAUCUCAGAAGGAGCACUCAAGAGGAAGCCUGCGAAUUUUUACCAGUAGCUGAAAACCACAUUGGCUUCAUAAUCGGCAAGAAAGGAAGUACAGUAAAACAAAUACAAGAAACGUCAGGGGCGAAGAUCAGUACUCAGUCAGAAAAAGGUCGCAUCGGAUUCGCUAUUCGUGGUAAUGAGAGGCAAAGGGCCCGUGCAAAAGAGUUAAUUCACAAGAAAUUGGUAGGUAGCUAUUAA